GAGGCCUUGCGCCCGCUCGCCGAGGAGGUGUUCGAGGACCCGAGGGGCGCCGCGGGGUCGGCAGGUGCCUCGCUGAUCCUCGCGGACGGAGACGUGGACCCGCCCGCGAAGAGGUACCUGCGCGCCUGCGACGACCUGGGCAUCGUGCCGCUGCAGCUGCCCUUUUGCACCGGCAGCUCCGCGCGGCUCCAGGCCAGUGGCACCACGCUGAAGGACGAGGACGUCGCCGCCAUCGCCUCCAUGCUCCCGGACGCCGCCCUGGAGGAGCUCGACCUCCGGGGCAACUCCGGCCUCUCGGCCGCCGUGCUCCAGGAGUUUCUGGAGGCGCUCGGCCGGGGCGCCGCGGCGCGGGCCCUGAGGCGGGUCGACCUGAGCGGGUGCACCCGGCUCGGGCAGGCGGGGCCCCUGGGCGCCGCGGUGCGGCUGCUGCGGGACGCCCGCGGCCUGGGGCGCCUGCAGAACCUGGACCUCAGCGGCGUGCAGCUGGGCGUGCGCCUGCAGCUGCCGCUCUGCCAGGCGAUCUGCGCGCACGGCAGCCUGUGCACGCUGGGCCUGGCCGACACGCAGCUGGGCGCCGACCUCGGCGCCGACCUCGGCAGGCAGUGCGUCGGGGAGCUGCUGGGCUGCAAGGCCCUGCGCACCCUGGACCUGUCCUGGAACUGCUUCUCGGAGGAGGUGUUCUCCCACCUCGGGCAGCAGCUCGUGGAGACCCAGCGGCUGCGCUCGCUGAGCGUGGCCGGCUGCGCCUCGGCCUGCCCGCAGCGCUCCACCGAGGAGAUCACCCCGGCGGCGCUGCUGAUCGAGCGCCUCUCGCGCGUCCACUCCCUGACCAGCCUCGACGUCUCGCUCUGCCGGCUCGACCACCGGGGCGCCCUGGUGCUGGAGGACGCCCUCGGACAGGCGCGGUCGCUGUCGGAGCUCCUCGUCGCUCACAACCCGAUGGGCGCCCUGGGCAUCCGCUGCCUCGUGAGGCUCCUCUCGCGGGCCACGUCGGGGCUGAGGCACUUCGACUGCGAGGGCUGCAACGGCGAGGCCACCCGGCAGCACUUCGACAGCGACAGCCAGUUGAUCUUCUACGCCACCCACCCCGGGGGCUACUACCCCCUGGACCUGGCCAAGCCCUACCACCGCACGAUCCUGCGGAUGCUCUGCAAGAGCUCCGAGCUGUUCGGCCUGGAGCCCCGGGACUGCUUCCGGGAGCUCCGCUCGACGCACAAGUACGAGCACGCCCAGAAGGACCAGCACGGGGUGUUCCAGGUGCCGUCGCACGGCAGGCUGUCCUUCACCUUCACGCUGGAGAAGGCCACCGAGAGCGCCCUCCAGGAGUCGGUCGACCUGUCCUUCCGCGAGUUCCUCGAGCGGCACGCGCGGCUGACGUGCCUCGCCCUCCCGAGCAGCAAGGUGGUGGCGUUGCUGGCGGAGUGGCGACGGCUGCACGGCCGCGAGCAGGAGCGGAUGGCCAUCCUCGACGCCGUGUCCAAGGACUUCCUCUUCACGCCGGCGCAGCUGGAACUCCUGUGCCAGCAGCCCGGCAGCGACUCCGCCCAGAUCGUGGGCCGCCUGCUGCCGGUCGUCACUGGCGGCCAGCCCGGGCUCUUC